AAUAAUAAAAUAGACAGACUGAGUGACGACUGUACGAUAGCGUGUCAAUACACGGUGGGACGCAAGGUGCCCUACUAAAUCUAAAAUCCGAGUCAUCACACAAGUAUUUAUCCCCUGCUCUCUCACCCACCUUAAGCAAGCCAUGCACUUUCGGCAAACCGCACCAUUAAAUAUCGUGAAGCUCUGUAAUUCGUCCACGUGUCGACACUUUGGGUAGUCUGUACUGCAGGCAAUCCUUUUCUUCACCUCACGGAAAAAGCGGUUUGUUUUUCUGGGGAGUAGCAAAUUAGCAGCAACAGUCAGUACUUGUGCAGAUUUGUUUUCACAUAAAACCAUUUAUCAUCUCCCAAAAGUAUAUCCGCUGCCAUUUCCCCCAAUCAACUUUUAAAGUUCCACCAGAGGCAGGGGAAGGAUAAAGACAGACUCGAAAGUAGUUGUUAAAUAGGAAGGCAAAUAUGAAGUUUGGAAAAAAUCUUAAGAAACAUAAGGUACCUGAGUGGACAGAGGCCUAUGUUGACUACAACGGACUCAAAAAAAUAUUACAAGAGAUUCGAAAUUUCAGACGAAACAAGCCAAAUACAGUCGGUGAUUCCCCGAAGAGGUUAUCAAUGUUCAGGGAAUUUUCUGCUUUAACUCGACAUGACGACAAUCUCAAGAAUCAAGUGGAUAUUGAGAAUCCAGUAAUAUCUGUUCACACCGUGCAACAAGAGAACUCCAGAAAGUUAUACAACACCAAGUUGCUCUUGUCCCCUGAAGAAGGAGAAAGCGAAGAGAACGAGAGAAUAUUUUUCGAAAAACUUGAUAACGAGCUCAACAAGACCAAUGAUUUUUAUAAGGACAAGGUAGAAGAAGUGAUGAAGGAAGCCGCUUUGCUCAAAAGACAAUUGGAGGCUUUGGUUGCAUUGAGAAUCAAGGUCACAAACCAAAGCUGUGUGGCCCCGUCGAAGAUUAAAUCUCCUGUCAGAUCAGACACUGUCGAAGUGGACUCGAGCUGUCAAGUUCAGCGCGCUGAUAGUGUAGCUAAAGGCAAUAUUCCUCCCACUGAAAAUUCUGUAGAUACCGUAACAGAUCAAGAGAAUAUCGAUGAACAAAACCGUUCUCAUAUAGACAUCCUUGAUCGUAUAAAGAUUUCAAAGACAUUCGACAGUCCAAUUUCAACAAUUAAAGGAGUUCUCAAAGACUCCAGAGGAAACGGUUUGAGUUACAACAAAGAAGAACUGAAAGAAGUUGAAGAAAAGUUGAAGGUUGCAUUUGUCGAGUUCUAUCAAAAGCUUAGCCAUUUAAAGAGUUACAGCUUCAUGAAUCUCUCUGCCUUCCUGAAGAUCCUGAAGAAAUAUGAAAAGAUAACUUCAAGGAGAGUUGCGAGCUUAUACAUGAAAAUUGUGGAUAACUCGUAUCUUGGAAGCUCGGAUGAGGUCAUCAGUCUCAUGGAAAGGGUAGAGGCGGUCUUCAUCAAAAACUUUUUGAAUUCUAACCGCCGGGAAGGCAUGAAAUUGCUGAGGCCAAAACAGAAGAUAGAAAAACACCGUGUAACAUUCUUAUCGGGUUUCUUUUCUGGUUGUUCGAUCUCUCUACUAGUUGCUGUUAUUCUACUUAUUGAAGAUCGGAAAUUGAUGCAUAAAAAGGGGGCGACUUCAUACAUGUAUACUAUCUUCCCACUGUAUAGCUUCUAUACAUAUAUAGUUCUUCACAUGCUUGUGUAUGCUGCAAACAUAUAUUUUUGGAGGCGUUACAAAAUCAACUACCCGUUCAUAUUUGGAUUCAAACAGGGGACCGAGUUAGGCUACCGAGAUAUUUUUCUCCUCAGCAAUUGUCUUGCAGUGGCUGCCCUUGCCACUUUCCUAGUACACUUGCACGUAAAGAUGGACUCGAAAAGUCAACAUUAUGAAACUUAUGUUGAACUUCUCCCUUUAGGCUUGAUCAUUGUUCUUGUUGCUAUUACAUUUUGCCCCUUUAAUAUAAUCUAUCGUUCGAGUCGUUUCUUCCUUAUAAAGUGCGGCCUUCGUUGUGUUUGUGCUCCUCUUUAUAAGGUUACACUGCCUGACUUUUUCUUGGCAGACCAAUUUACUAGCCAGGUACAGGCAAUAAGGAGCUUUGAGUACUACAUUUGCUUCUACGGCGGGGGAAAGUUUUCUCGAAGGUUGAGCAAUUGCAACAGUCAUGAUGUCUAUAAUGUCUUUUAUUUUGUUGUUGCGGUUAUACCAUAUUGGUUUCGCUUUCUCCAGUGUGUUCGUCGGUUGUUGGAAGAAAGAGAUAUCGCUCAUGCAUACAACGGUUUGAGAUAUUUCGGUACAGUUGUUGCUGUUGUCAUUAGAACAGCUUAUGAACUGAGAAAGGGAACAUUAUGGAAAGUAUUAGCUUUGGUAAGCUCAGUUAUUGCUACUAUAGCAAAUACAUACUGGGAUAUUUUUGUUGACUGGGGACUUCUUCAAAGAAAGUCGAAAAACCCGUUUCUGAGAGAUAAACUUCUCGUCUCCCACAAAAACGUCUACUUUGCAGCUAUGGUUUUGGAUGUUGUUCUGAGAUUCGCUUGGCUACAAGUCGUCUUGACAUUCGAUGUACAUUCAUUACAAGGAAAGACAAUAGCAACAAUCUUUUCAUGCCUCGAAAUCCUUCGGCGUGGCUUAUGGAACUUCUUCAGGUUGGAGAAUGAACACUUGAACAAUGUUGGCAAGUACCGAGCGUUCAAGUCGAUGCCGCUUCCUUUUACUUACUACGAUAAUGAAGAUGAUGACGAUGAUGAUGAUGGUGUCAUCGAUAAGGAUGACUAAGUCAUCACUGCAUAUUCUUCCUGAAAAUAAUAUGGAGAAUUUUGUUUCCAAUUUUAUGGAAUUCAGUCUUCUUUUUUA